AUAUUUCGCAUGACAAAUGAUAUGUAGUAAUAUUUGAAAAAGCAAGCGUCUUGAAUAAUUUAAGAUAAAAUAGUAAUUAAUCAAUAUUAUUUCCCGAUGAAAUUAUUUCAGCAAAUGGAAUGACGACAAAACCUUAUCCGGAUAUUUUGUUAUGAGUUUGACUACUCGCAGAUUACUUAAAUUGGGUUAUUCAUUCAGUCGUCAUGGCUUUUAGAAGGUUGCUUUUGAUUGUUCUUGGUGUUCUUUCAAAACAAGUUUUAUCCGAAGAGAUAUGCUACGAUGACGUUGGUUGUUUUACCGAUGAAGAUUGCCACUGGCUAGGUUUCCCGCCGAAAUCACCUCAAGAAAUCAACACGCGGUUCUUUCUCUACACAAGACGCAAUCCGGUCGAACCACAGGAGCUCAAACGGGGUGACGUCGACGGUCUCCGAGCGUCGAACUUUGACCCUAGGAAGAAGACAAAGAUUUCCGCUCAUGGCUACACAGCUGACUCCUUCAGGCCAUGGGAGGUAGAUAAAAAGGAUGCAUUCCUUGAAGCGGAAGAUGCAAACGUCAUCUGUGUCGACUGGUCCGAAGGCGCCUCAGGUCUGUACAGCAAAUGCCACCAGAACGUCCGCGUGGUCGGGCGUGAGAUUGGCCUUCUCAUUCGUUUUCUUAACCUGGAGAUGGGGAUGUUCUACAAGGACCUCCAUGUCAUUGGGAUGAGUCUUGGGGCACAAGCAGUUGGAUACGCCGGCGAAUUCCAACCUGGAAUUGCAAGAAUUACAGGUCUUGAUCCUGCCGGUCCGUAUUUCCGUGACGAAGGUUUCGAUUUCCGCAAUAACGGACCGCAGUGUCGACUUGAUCCGACGGACGCCCUAUUUGUAGACGUCAUCCACACAGAUGCCAACGACAUCACAGGAGCAGGUCAAAUGUUACAGCUUGGCCAUCAAGAUUUCUACCCAAAUGGAGGACGCAGGCAGCCCGGGUGCGACGGCCCAGACUUGACAUCCGGAUGCAGCCAUUCCUGGGCAUGGAGACUAUUUACUGAUAGCAUUCGAUCCACAACUUGCGAUUUUACCGCGUACCCCUGCCAGAAUUGGGCUCUGUUCGUUGGCGGUAACUGCCGUGAGUGCGGUGACCGCGGUUGCGCAAUCAUGGGUUACCAUGCCGACCAGAACACUGCAGUGACGGGCAAGUUCUACUUGACGACGAACGCAGAGAUUCCAUAUUGCAUACCUGAAUAAGUACCGUAUUUUCGUAAUAGAUACCCAUGAUAUUUUCAAUCUAAGCAUCCCCUCCUCAUCUGUGCGCCGAAUUGUCUAAAGAAAAAAAAACGCUUGUCAUACUUGUGAUUAUAUUCCAUUGGAGGCGGAGCCAUUGUAUUUCGAUAGACGGCAAGCGGAUCGUGUUUCUCAAUGAACUAGAUGACUUAGAAUAAUGGUAUAAGCCACUAGUUCAACGACAUAGUUCACUCCCUUUUAUCCAUUCCAUUUUAUUUUUAUCACUUAUAUCAAAAUAAUAUUGAAGGUCUUCCCUGUAUAUAAGAAGUAUAUUAAAUCAUUUAGGCACCUAAUGUACAAAAUAUGUAAUAUUUAUGCUGAGAUAGAAAUUAAUAGCCAGAGUGACAAUAUUUAAUAGCGAUUUCUGAAGGGUGUGCUCAAAUAAAUAUGCUCCUCCUUGUUAAUUUUUUCUUUUGCCUUGUCAUUUAUAAUACCAUCCUUUUUGACACACUUAAUUGCGUAUUUUAUCACUGAACGGGUGAUGCGAGGUGAUCAAACUAACUAUACGGUCAUGACGGUAGUUUGAUUAUUAACGAACGGUGCACAUAGCAUAUUGCUUAAUUUUAGUUCAUAAAUAAAGUGUUGUUUGUAUCCACAA